UGAAUUGGUUAUAUAGUUUGUCCUAGUAUAACAUUCUUGAAACCCUGAUACAAAAGUUGAUAUAAAAAAAAACACGAGAGCUAAGAGGAAAGGAAAAAAUUAAACAUUAAUACUGAUCCUCAACAAUGGCUGAUUCCCAAGAAAAUGCACUCAUGGAAGAAAGAGAAGAGCUCAUGGUUUCACCUGUUGAUGAUGAAGUAAAACCUAUUUUUAGACUUGCCCAUUUUUUGAAACCAACAAUACCCUCUGCCCAAAAGUUCCCAUUUCUCACUUCAAGACCCAAUCUUCAAGAACUGAAAAUCAGUUCUUGUUAUUCUUCACUAAAGGUCAAGUUUAGGGGUGGGGUUAUGCAUAUGAAAGGAUGGUCUAAAUGGGUUGAUAAGUUAAAGCCUUUAUAUCAAGAUACAUGGAAAAAAGCUGGAAUCUUUGAAGCUAUUACAGGUUCCACAUUCAAGAUUUAUAUGCACCAUGAUCUGAUUUAUGCUCUUGCUGAGAGAUGGUGCUUGCAGACUAACACAUUCAUUUUACCAUGGGGAGAAGCAACUGUUACUUUGGAGGAUAUGGUAGUUUUGGGUGGUUUCUCUGUUUUAGGCCACUCUGUCUUCAACCCUUUGAAAACCAAAGAGUCUGAUGAAAUUGUUAAAACUCUUACGGAGUGUUAUAAUGUUAUUAGAAAAUAUAAGGUGAAUGUUUAUCACCAUGCCUGGAUGGAAUAUUUUGCCGGAAAAGGUGGUGACCAUUUGGAGCAUGUUGCAUUUUUGACCCUUUGGUUGUCCAAGUAUGUGUUCCCUUCUAAAGGUUAUCAGAAAGUGCAACCAGCUCUUAUCCCUAUGGCAAUUCAUCUUUCUCAAGGAAACUCAAUGGCACUUGCCCCUGCUGUUCUUGCUACCAUUUAUAGGGAUUUGAACUUGCUUAAACAGUUGAUUGUAUCUUCAUCUAAGCAGACUGAACAGAGUAAUACUUUUAGAUGUAUAGAAGACGAGUCGGAUCUUAUCCUCCGUGCUCCUCUUCAUUUUGUUCAGCUAUGGGCAUGGGAGAGAUUUCCCAAUUUGCAGCCUAAGUCUAGUAUUGUCAUCAACUCUGGGGAGCCAAGAGUAGCUAGAUGGCAUAAGGUGAAAAAACUAAACUGUGUGGAUCCUAGGAGUGAAAUAGAUUCUGCAUCAGAAUGUUUUCUGUGGCGUCCUUACGCUAUUGAUACUGUGAAGAAUUGGGACAUCAACAAAUUUUACAAGGAAAGGGAGGAAUAUGUGAUGGUUGAACAACAGAUGGGAAGUGAAAUCUUGAUUUUUGCUCGACUUAUUCGAGCUUCUGAACUAGUUGGGAUGGAUUGUGUAGAGCUGUAUAACCCUCAUAGAGUAUCGAUGCAAUUUGGAUUCGAUCAAGAUGUGCCCGGUUGUGUGAAUCCUACAUGGAGAAAUUAUGACAGACCAAUUCAAGAUGCCAAGCUCUAUAUACCUUCUAGGCUCAUCGAGUCAGAUGUCAGCAGCCGAUACUUGGAAUGGUGGAAGAACCAAAACAUUAAAUUUUUGCAGAAAUGUGAUGAGGUUAGGAAAGAUGGUAGUAGUUUUCAGGAUUGUGAAAUGAGAGUUGUAGAAUCAUCAGAUGAUGAUGACAAUAUACCAAUUUUGGAAUCUUUACGCAGGAUGAAGCUCAUGAAGAAAGAAAUUACUGUACCUGCUAAUCAAGAACCUCUAUCUAGCACCUAAAGCAAAUCUUCU